AUGGCCGUUUCUUCUGCGGUCUUCCCGAGCCUGGACGCUCACAAGUCCGACGUUUCCGUAAUCUCACGACAUGCGACGGCCAUGGAGGUAUGCGAGCUGGUGUACGGAAACGCGGGACUCACGCCCUGGGACACCAUCGAGCGAUUCUACGAGUCCAGCGCCGUUUCCAUGGCUCACCCCCUGGCCUCGGUGGACCUGGCACGGCGCGUGCGACUCCAUUACGAAAACCCGUUUAUCACCGCCACCUCACGUGGCACGAUCGGGGACAUUCAUUCGCUCUCCCGCCAGCUUUCCAAAGUCGACGUCCCGAGGCCGCUCGCGCUCGUCCGCAGCCUCCUUGGUGCACGGAGUCAAGGCAGGGACGGCGCGGAAGCGUUGUUUCAGGUGGUGCGCAUGUGGACGGAAAUAGGUGAGGUGUGUGAGAGCGAGAGCUUUGACGGACAUCGACGGUGCAUCGUAGAGCACACCCUCAAUAUACUGAUCUUGCCCGGGCUCCACUCGGAUUCUCCGCCAACGCACACGCGCCUGAGUUCUCUCACGUCCGAGGCACCGCCGUCGAGCCCCAGCCAGCCGUUGCAUAUGUCCAUAUCGAGCGGUGUGCACGGGCCGCUGGCCCCAUCGCAGCCGACGCAAGGGAUGGGGCUAGCCGUGCCGAGUCCGCUGCACUUGCAGCUGCACGUGCUCACGCGGCUGUCGUUCAACGAGCAGGGACUGAUCACGCACCACCGAGACUUCUGGGACGUGCGGGACGUGGUGGGGUUGUUUCCGGGGGGGAUGCUGUCGCAGUGGAUUGGGACGCGGGUGGCGGCCAAGGGCCUCUCGAUUGCGGCGCGGCUCGGAGGGUGGUUGUUUGGAGGUGCCGCAUCGAGAAAGGAAGGCCGGACCCCGGGGGAAGAGGCGAGUCGAUAGCACGGGCGCGAGGUGGGCGAGCUCUUGGUAAGAAAAGGAACGCCUCGGAGAUGGACCCCUUACGCGGAAGUGUUUCGAGUACUUAGGAGGGAAGCCUGAUACACCGCCUCGCCCAGUGUGGCUCCGCGACCAGAACGGUCUCUCUUGGUUUGGCUUUUCAGUCGCCCGUCGCCCAACAUUGACGCAGUGGCAGGACCCUCGACCCAGGUGCACGCGAUGGUGUGGAUAUAUGUAUGCGCAGCGCAGUAUGUAUGGCAUCGCCCCUUCCUUGCGUUAUCACGACAUAGUCGACGAGCCACGCAUUAGCACCGAUCGAGAUCAGUUCGCCUGGCCGCUUCGCAUCGCUGGGGCUGGCGCGGCUGUACGGCACCCUACUUUGCUGCCAUUCGUGCCCUCUCAUUUGCGCGCACGCAUCGAUGAUCGAGAACAGGGUCCGCGCGAGGGUUUGCGCGUUCGUGUAGACACAGAAGCCGAUGGACGCCAUGUCUAACUCUGUUGAGGAAAGGAAGGGAGGGAAGGUUGAUGGACUGAAUGGCAGGACGUACAUACACGGAUGCACACGGCAGACCUACGUAGGUCUGUGCGAGCCCGUCCCAGUCGCACCAGGGGGACGGUGCGCACGCACGCAUCGACGAAGUCGAAUCCCUGUCCCUCGGGCGCUUCGUCGCGAGCGAUGGCUGUGGCCAGGCAACGCUCACGUCCCAUGGGAAGCCCCGCCGCCCGACAAGGCAACUCCGGCCUCUUGUUGGUUCUCCACGAACCCCCGAGCGCACCCCCCGAGCGCCCACACCGCUCUCCAAUCACGCUUCCUGCUCUACCGACACGGUCCCAGGAUCCCAUUGCUGCUGCUCCUGCCAGACUUCACUUGCGUCCCCGCGUUAUUAGCUGCUUGCACGCCAUAUGGCAUCGGGGCCCGGGUGCCUGAGCUUUCCAGACUUAGACCCACAGUUGUGAUAGAGCUUCCGCGCGCAACGCGUCGACGUCACCCACGCGCGCACACUUAUCGGCGAAUACGUACUGCACCAGGCCCCAAUCUUAGCGCCCGCGCCCGCGCGCGUCCCUGCGUCGCCCC